AUGCUACGUGAAGUCAGCGUCACUCGGGAACUUAACGUGUGGCUGGUCAAGCAGGUCAACAAGCUCCAGGCCCCGCUAUGUCAGGUCUUCGUGGAGCCGUUCUCAAAGCCUUGGAUCCUGCUCGCUGACCCUAUCGAAGCGUACGACAUCAUGACCCGGCGACCAGAUUUUGAUAGAUCGAAUUUUAUCACGGACGGGUUGAGUCCCAUGGACAACUUCCAUGCGCGAAUGAAGACAGGCCCCCAAUGGAGAACGACGCGAGCGUGGCUGCAGGAUCUGAUGAGCCCGACUUUUCUCAAUAACGUAGUUGGGCCUGUCAUGUUCGAUAACUCGAUGAAUCUCAUCAGGUUCUGGGAUACCAAGACAAAGCUCGCCAACGGUUCCGCGUUCGAUGUCAACGAUGACUUGGAUCAUAGUGCGCUGGAUGGGAUGUUGUCUUUCGUAUUCGAUCGCCAUUUCAAGCACACCGCACUCGGCCCACAAAUCGAGACACUUUCCCGGAUAUCCCCAACUAGUUUGGCAGUAGGGCCCAAAGGGGAAGUGCGGUUUCCAAGGGCUCCAGUCCACGAGUUCAUCUCCGCGCUGUAUGAGACGGUCGACAAGAUCGAUGUUGUGACCAAAGCCAUGUCGCCCAAACUCGCAAUGUGGUUCAUUCGUCAGACACCCAGCUAUAAGAGAGUGACGGCUGUAAAGAGACAAGUCGUGAAGGAACAAAUCCAGGGAGCCCUUCAACGCCUUGAAGUUACGGACGAACCAAGAACCGCAAUCGAGCACAUGCUGGUGCGUGAAAAGAAGGCCGCUGAGAAGCAGAACCGGAAGGCCGAUUUCGGUAAUCCUAUCAUGAUGGACGAGCACGUGCAGAGUAAGCUGCGGGAUGCACUGCAUCAUGCAUGCAGCGAUGCGCAUGCGGAGAAGCGCGUCCCGACACUCGCAGAACUGACCGCGUCGCGCGUUCCCUAUCUCGAAGCCGUGCUGGAGGAAACUCUGAGACUCCACGCGACGAGUGUCGCCCGACAGGCCAAGCGCGACACGGAAGUUCUUGGCCACCGCAUUCCCAAAGGAACAAACGUUGUUAUGAUUGCCAACGGGCCAGGCUUUCACGCGCCGGCUUUCGAUGUGGAGAGUGCGCGUCGUAGUGCAACGGCCGUCAAGUCGAGAGGAUGGCGGGAGACGAGCGACAUGCGGGUUUUCGAUCCAGAGCGCUGGCUAAUCCACAAAGCGGGUGCUGCUGCUGAGGUUGAGUUCGACGCAAACGCGGUACCGCAGAUUGCUUUUGGCAUGGGCCCUCGCAGCUGUUGGGGUCGAAGAAUGGCGUAUCUAGAGCUGCGUUUAGUGGUCUGCUUGGUAGUCUGGAAUUUCGACUUGUUGGAUGUGUCUCCUGAGUUGGCUGACCCGAAGGCUAGCUACGGUAUCGUCCAUCGGGCGGACCAGUGUCAUCUGCGAUUGAGAGGCAGAAGAACUCUGUGA